GUGUGACGAAGAAGAAGAAGAAAAAGGAGGCGGUGGAGGAUGAGGAGAGUGCACGGUGAGACAGCCACUGGUUGAACAGCUGUAUUGAGUCUCACGCAGACCAUGUCCUCCACUGAGCGGACGCGCACAGACCUGGGCCGGGCGCUCUGUAUCAUCACCGGGGCCUCCAGAGGCCUUGGCCGGACCGUAGCCAGGGAGAUGUCUCGGCUGGUGAAGCCCGGCUCGGCGCUCGUCCUGGCGGCCCGCUCCGCUGACGAUCUGCGGGCUCUGAAGGUGGAGCUGGCCGAGUCGGAGGCGGGCAGAGCCGGCCUGGUGGUCGAGUGCGUGGUGGCGGAUCUGGGUGAGGUGGGAGGGCUGGAGAGUGUUGUUAGAGCAUCCGAGGAGGCCUUCAGUGAACACAUGGACCACAUCAUACUGUUCAACAACGCCGGCUCCUUGGGUGACGUGUCCCGCAACACCCAAAGCUUCACCGACAUGGCCGAGGUGGACUCCUACUUGUCUUUUAAUGUCAGCUCCUCCCUGUGCCUCACUGCCAGAGUCCUGCAGGCUUUCCCUCAGCGUCCAGGUGUAAGGCGGACUGUGGUCAACAUCAGCUCGCUGUGCGCCCUGCAGCCGUCCCGCUCCUGGGUGCUGUACUGCACUGGCAAGGCUGCCAGAGACAUGAUGUUCAAAGUCCUGGCAGAGGAGGAGCCGGACCUGCGGGUGCUCAGCUACGCUCCAGGCCCUCUGGACACCGCAAUGCAGACGGAGGCGAGAUCCAGAACAGGUGAUCCCAGCCUCAGGAAGUCUUACUCUGACAUGUUUGCUCAGAGCCAGCUGCUCAGCUGUGAGGCGUCCUGUGCCAAGCUGACGAAGCUGCUGCUUGAAGACAGCUACACCUCAGGAGCUCACGUCGACUUCUAUGACCUGUAGAUGCAGUCUAGGUGCUCACAGACGUCAGCGCUGGGCCAGAUUAUUAAUGUGUGUGCCUUAAUUUUUGAUUGAAAGCUUUAAGACCUUUUUACUGUCCUGACCUAUUUUCCAGAGAUAUGCCGAGUCAUGUCAAGGAGCACUUGUAAUGUCAAAGCUGUACCACUUUAAAUUGUUUACUGUAUGUUUUACAUCAUCAGUUGAUAUUAAUAUUUUAAUACUGAUGUUCCUUCUUUUUAUUUAAUCAAUCCUAAUCCAGUGUCUGAAGUUAGUUUUAAGGUGCCUGUUACAGUAUGUUAAUGAGAACACUUGGACUCAAACAGUAAUUAAUGCUUCUGUAAUGCUGAACAUAGGCAUUUUAAUGUGUGAGGGAAAAUGUGUUCCUCUUUUGUCUUUCUCACCCAAAAUAAUUGUUCACACAUUCCUCUAUGUACGACUUGUAUCUUUAUAAAUGUUGAUGAGAAAUGAAUACUUCAAAUCAGACUGUGAACGUGAUGUAGUGUAUCCCAGAAAUACAAUUCUGAGGUUAUUUUUGUA